AUGAAGGAGGCGUCUCCGCUCAAAGCAGUGCGGUCGCCUAUCGUUGCACCGCGCACUUCGCCGCUGUCAAAGUCGCACAAGACGCCCGCGAAGCCGUCAGGGACCGCUGCAGCUCCUGUCGUGCCGACGCUGCAACUCUCUAUCAAAGCGUGCGAGGACGAGGUGACACCCGUCAAGACGCUGUACAGCCGCCUCUUUCACGAAGCGCAGCAGCGAGAGCAGCGGCAGGCGCAGGCACAGCAGAAGCAGAAAGCAGCGCUGAAGGCAGAGGAAAAAGAACAGUGCACCUUCCGCCCGCGUGGCGCCGAUGCGUUUGGCAGGCCGUCCUCGCCAGCCUCGAAGAAACGUGCUGCUUCUGCGGGCCAUCGAACACAGACGGCGACGGGACCAACAGCAGCUGCGGCGCCUGUCCCGCCGUCGUCAAGCCGUGCGUCUCCUCCUCCCACUCCCUCUCAUCAUGACGGUGCACCCGUCGCCGCGGAGGAGACGGCGGCGUGCGAGCGACUGUUCAAGAACGCCGUCCAGGCAGAGCGGUGGGCGCGGCGACGGCAGCAGCUGCUGGACGCCGAAGAGGAAGAGUUCCGCAGCACCUGCCCUUUCCACCCCUGCGUGUCACCACGUAGUGCGAGUCGGCAGCGCGGUGUGAGCAACAGCCGCCGCGGCCACGAGGCAAAGGACCGGUUGCACGACGGAGGUGACGAGGGCGGCAGGCAGGACGACGACAGCGCUGUACGGGGAGCUUCGCUGAACCGGUCCGGCACUUCACCGCGAGAUCAGCCGCGGUUGUGGGAGCACUUUUUAGCCGACCAAGAGGAGCGCCAGGCCGCCCAUGAGCGUGAUCUCGAGGAGCUGAAGAAGAGGGCGGCGGAGCGGAACCACGUGAAGCUGUACACCGGUGUACCCCAGUCCAAAGCGAGCGAGCAUCUCAAGCGGUACCUCGAAAAGAAGAAAGGCUACAAAGGCCCGAUUGAGGGAUGGGCAGAGCGAUUUGAACACUAUAUGAAGGUGAAGCAGGCAGCAGAGGCGGAGGCGCCCACCACAACCCCACAGAAGAAAAAUUCGGCCACCAACCACGCGGAUGGUGAUGUUGCACGCACGCCGGUGUCGGGCCGGUCCCGUUCACGCACUCGCAGCAAAAGCAACGGCGCAGCUACGGGACGAAGCCCCAGCGUCUUCCACCGCCUGUACCACGACAGUGAUGAGCGGGAGGCGAUGCGCGAGUUAAUAAGCCUCAUGAAGGAGCAACAGGAGCAAACAGAGUUCUUCAAGCCAAAUGCUGGUGAGGCGCGCAUGACGGGGAGUAAGGGAAACGCGGUCAACACCAGCAACGGCAACGGCAGCUGUAACCUCCUCCACCACCAGACACCGCGUCGCUCGCAACCCUCACCGGACCAGGCGGUCGCUGCUCGUGAGACGGCGGCUGCGGUAGCGCUCGCUGCUGGUGCUGCUGGCAUGAAGGCGCAGGAUGACACCGCUGUCGACUCUCCCCGUCAGCAUGACGACCCAACGACGCAGUCCAUCUUCGACACCCUUUACGCGGAAAAGGAGAAGCUGCAGCGGCGACGUGAGAUACGACACCUGCAGGCGCAGAACAGCGCAGAGGUCUUCUCCUUCCACCCGCAUGUCAACGCACGCAGUCGCGAGCUGGCGAAGGACAUGGCGCGGCAGAGGGCGUGCGGAGGAACUGUUGAAUCGGUGCGGGAGCGACGCGCCAGAGAAGCCGCACAGGCGCAGGCGCAAGAGGCGGCACGUCUUGCGCAGGUGCAAUUUCGCUACGACUCUUUCGCCCAUCGACAAACGGAACGUGACCGCCGGCGGCAGAAGGAGCUGCUGCGCGUCCUCCUUCAAGAGCGCGGCGACGACGUCGUGGCCUGCCGAUUCCGCCCUGCCAUCUCCGAGGUGUCGGAGGCCAUUGUGGAGGGCAACAAGAAUUACACCCAGGUCAUUGAUGAUCCGCAGGUGACCCUCAGCUUGAUGAGACAGCGAGCGUCGUCUUCAUCUGCGUCGAAGCCUGCUGGGCACGACGCCAGCGCGCUGCCGACCCAGGCAGAGAAGUCACCCGCGCGCCAGAGUGCGGCGAAGCAAGCUGCAGAAGGUGGCAGGUCGACCAGCUCGGCGCACGCACCGCCUUUCCUGACACCGGUGCAGGCGCUGGCCGCAGACGCUGAGGAGGCGGACCGCAGCAUUGACGCCGGGGCCACCGUGCAGUGGUACGACGCCCUCUCCGCCCCUGUCCACACCCAAAGCGCGACAUCAUCGAACUCUUCUGACACCGAUCCCCACCGCACCGAGCACCACGAACAGACCCACUCCCUGCCCCACGCGCAAGUAGGCUCUCCCGAUGCGAAAGGGAGUGCUACAGGGAAUUCCGCACAGCGCGGUGACGUGGGGGGUGAGUUGGGCACUGUUCACAUCGCUGGCGCCGCUUCUUCGGAUUACUUGCGUCAGUUAGAGUCGGAGCUGCAGGAUGCGCUGAAAGAUUGGUCGCAAUGCAUCUAG